AUGGAUGGUUGUUGGUCACGGUGGGUUGUUUUCGGACUUGAUUGGGUGGAUGAGGAUGGGUUUUAUGCAAAUUUGAUCGACGACCCAUUGUUGAAGCGACAUCGACAACCGACGCGAUUGCGUCACGUGAUCGAGCAGCGAUUUCAUUCGCUGCCGCCCGCACUGGCUGCCGCAUUGUCGCAUAGCUUUUGCCACGAGAUCCAAGCUGGAGUAACUUCAACGAGGCCGUUACUUCCUUCACGGUGA